AUCUCGUUCCAUCUGCAAAUCGGCCUGAGCCGCGAGCCAGUGCUGCUGCUGCAGGACUCGUGCGGGGACUACAACCUGGCUCACGUCCGCGAGAUGGCUUGCUCCAUCGUCGACCAGAAGUUCCCUGAAUGUGGUUUCUAUGGAAUGUAUGAUAAGAUCCUGCUUUUUCGCCAUGACCCUACCUCUGAAAACAUCCUCCAACUGGUGAAAACGGCUAGUGAUAUCCAGGAAGGUGAUCUUAUUGAAGUUGUCUUGUCAGCUUCUGCCACUUUUGAAGACUUUCAGAUUCGUCCCCACGCUCUCUUUGUUCAUUCGUACAGAGCUCCAGCAUUCUGUGAUCACUGUGGGGAGAUGCUAUGGGGUCUGGUACGGCAAGGCCUUAAAUGUGAAGGAUGUGGUCUGAAUUAUCAUAAGAGAUGUGCUUUUAAAAUCCCCAACAAUUGUAGCGGUGUGAGGCGGAGACGGCUCUCGAAUGUUUCCCUCACUGGGCUUGGCACUGUCCGCACAGCAUCUUCCGAGCUCUCCAGCAGUGCCCCCGAUGAACCCCUUCUGCAAAAGUCACCAUCAGAGUCAUUUAUUGGCCGAGAUAAGAGAUCAAAUUCUCAGUCCUACGUUGGACGACCAAUUCAGCUGGACAAGAUUUUGAUGUCUAAAGUAAAAGUACCACACACGUUUGUCAUCCACUCCUACACCCGGCCCACUGUCUGCCAGUACUGCAAGAAGCUUCUCAAGGGCCUUUUUAGGCAGGGCCUGCAGUGCAAAGAUUGCAGAUUCAACUGUCACAAGCGUUGUGCACCCAAAGUACCAAACAACUGCCUUGGUGAAGUGACCAUUAAUGGAGAUUUGCUUGGUGCUGGGGCAGAGUCUGAUGUGGUCAUGGAAGAAGGAAGUGAUGACAAUGACAGUGAAAGGAACAGUGGGCUCAUGGAUGACAUGGAAGAGGCAAUGGUCCACGAUGCUGAGAUGGUAAUGGUAGAGUGCCAAAAUGACAAUGGGGAAAUGCAGGAUCCAGACCAAGACCAGGAGGACUCCAACAGAACCAUCAGUCCAUCAACAAGCAACAAUAUCCCACUCAUGAGAGUAGUGCAGUCUGUCAAACAUACGAAGAGGAAAAGCAGCACAGUGAUGAAAGAAGGAUGGAUGGUCCACUACACCAGCAGGGAUGCACUGAGGAAACGGCAUUAUUGGAGAUUGGAUAGCAAAUGUAUUACCCUCUUUCAAAAUGAUACAGGAAGCAGGUACUACAAGGAAAUUCCUUUGUCAGAAAUUUUAUCUUUGGAACCAGCAAAAACUUCGACUUCAAUUCCUAAUGGGGCCAAUCCUCAUUGUUUUGAAAUCACGACAGCAAAUGUCAUAUAUUAUGUAGGAGAAAAUGUGGUCAAUCCUUCCAGCCCACCACCAAAUAACAGUGUCCUCACCAGUGGCGUUGGUGCAGAUGUGGCCAAGAUGUGGGAGAUGGCCAUCCAGCGUGCCUUGAUGCCCGUCAUCCCCAAGGGACCCUCUGUGGGCUCAGGAACCAACUCACACAGAGAUAUUUCUGUGAGUAUUUCGGUAUCGAACUGCCAGAUUCAAGAAAAUGUGGACAUUAGCACCGUAUAUCAGAUCUUUCCAGAUGAAGUACUGGGUUCUGGGCAGUUUGGAAUUGUUUAUGGAGGAAAACAUCGUAAAACAGGAAGAGAUGUAGCUAUUAAAAUCAUUGACAAACUAAGAUUUCCAACAAAACAAGAAAGCCAGCUUCGUAAUGAAGUUGCAAUUCUACAGAACCUUCAUCACCCCGGUGUUGUAAAUUUGGAGUGCAUGUUUGAAACGCCUGAAAGAGUGUUUGUUGUUAUGGAAAAACUCCAUGGAGACAUGCUGGAGAUGAUCUUGUCAAGUGAAAAGGGCAGGUUGCCAGAGCACAUAACGAAGUUUUUAAUUACUCAGAUACUUGUGGCUUUGCGGCAUCUUCACUUUAAAAAUGUUGUCCACUGUGACCUCAAACCAGAAAAUGUGUUGCUAGCAUCAGCCGACCCUUUCCCUCAAGUGAAACUAUGUGAUUUUGGUUUUGCCCGGAUCAUUGGAGAGAAGUCUUUCAGGAGGUCAGUGGUGGGCACCCCAGCUUACCUGGCUCCUGAGGUUCUAAGGAACAAGGGCUACAAUCGCUCUCUAGACAUGUGGUCUGUUGGCGUCAUCAUCUAUGUAAGCCUAAGCGGCACAUUCCCAUUUAACGAAGAUGAAGACAUACACGACCAAAUCCAGAAUGCAGCUUUCAUGUAUCCACCAAAUCCCUGGAAGGAAAUCUCUCAUGAAGCCACUGAUCUUAUCAAUAACUUGCUGCAAGUAAAAAUGCGAAAACGCUACAGUGUAGAUAAGACCCUAAGUCAUCCUUGGCUGCAGGAUUAUCAGACCUGGUUAGAUUUACGGGAGCUGGAAUGCAAAAUUGGGGAACGCUAUAUAACCCAUGAAAGUGAUGAUUCAAGGUGGGAGCAAUAUGCCCGCGAACAGGGGCUGCAGUACCCUGCACACCUGAUCAACCCGAGUGCUAGCCACAGUGACAGUCCUGAGACAGAAGAAACAGAGAUGAAAGCCCUCAGUGAACGUGUCAGCAUCCUCUGAGUUCCAUCCCCUAUAAUCUGUCAAAACACUGUGGAAUUAAUAAAUACAUACGGUCAGGUUUAACAUUUGCCUUGCAGAACUGCCAUUAUUUUCUGUCAGAUGAGAACAAAGCUGUUAAACUGUUAGCACUGUUGAUGUAUCUGAGUUGCCAAGACAAAUCAACAGAAGCAUUUGUAUUUUGUGUGACCAACUGUGUUGUAUUAACAAAAGUUCCCUGAAACACUAAACUUGUUAUUGUGAAUGAUUCAUGUUAUAUCUAAUGCAUUAAACCUGUCUCCACUGUGCCUUUGCAAAUCAGUGUUUUUCUUACUGGAGCCUGCUUUUGGUAAGAGAGAGUACUUGCCCAUGAAAUAGUUCUGUUCUGUCUGGCCCAUUGAUACUGUCAUCAUAAGCAAACUCUUGAAGAGUACAUUAUUACCAGUGUUCUAUGAACAAUUCCAAAACUCAUGUGGAAAAAUUGACUGAUGAAGGGGAGAAUGGAUGUACAAUCCUAAGACACAAAUGCAUGAGAAUUUUGAUGUAUAGUUUCAAAUCCUUUGCCUGCCUGUCUGGUGUGCCUCAUAUAUUUAAACUCAAGUAAAUGCACCCAGGCAUGCAGGGACUACUGCUCUUAAGCCUAAAUGCCUUAGAAAUGUAAACUGCCAUAUAUAACAUAUACAUAUACAUUUCCCCCUUUCUUACAAUAAAUGCCCUGCUGUACUAUGGAAAAUGAACAGCUAAGCAACUUUUCACCUUUGUGUAUUUUUCAAUAAUAACAAAUAAAUAUUCUU